UCACCAGUGUGAUCGACAGGAGAGGACAGUAAAUGGCCUCAAAAUGAGGCUGGUCAAAUCUGCAGAGGAGCACGAAAAGGUCUACACCAAAAUCAUGAAGGAAAACAUGACUCUGAUUGCUGAAAUCAACGAGCUGCGGAAGGAGCUGCAUUUGGCCAGGACUCAGGCUAAAGACAUCAGAGCUCAGCUGGCUCUCUUAAAGAAGCCCAAGAAGUCACAGCCCAUCUUAGAAGAAGCAGCCUACCAGGAGCCCAAACAGCUAGGAGUCAGCUGAUCGUCUUUUACCUCAGCAAUAGCUCUGCAACUAACACACAGCAGCAGAUACACAUGAAAAUCAUAUAAGAAGAAAGUUGUUAGUAAGAUUGUUGUAUUCACUUUGAUAAUGAACGUGUGGAUUUGUAUGUUACCAUAGCAAUUUACUGCAGAAAACAAUCACAUUGAUAAAGGUUUGAUCACUGA